AUGGGUACCACUCCAAAGAGGAGAAGAAGUAGCACACCCUCCGUGUCCCCACAGGCUACUCCGAAACGUCGCAGCAUGCGUGUCUUGCAAGAAAAAUUCACUGGGGCUCAUACAAGCGGUAGCAAAGCCUCUGGAACUAGAACUGUGGUGACGAUUGAUGAUGACAGUGAUGAUGGUGACACUACUAAGUCCAAGGCUAGCACUCCGGGUCAAGAGGAUAUUGAUAACAUUAGUGACAUGCAUGAGGGUUCCGAUAGGAAUGACAAUUAUGACCAUGAUGGGGAUGUACCUUUUGAUGAUUAUACAGAAAAACAAGGUGGCUCGGAUACCUUUUCUGGAUCUGUGGGUAGCAGUGUGCGCCCUAUUGGCGUUGAGCCGAUACUUGGCCUAUCCUAA